GUGGAGGGGAUUCUUAAUGAUGACUCGCCGCCAUUAACUGUAGGUCUACCGACGCGUGUAUGGCACUGUUUGCCAGUUCUGCUGUUAUUCCGGAACGAUUCAAGCAUUCGAAUCUUGGUGAUCGUGGCGGCAGUUCACGAUUGUGGAAGAAAUUCAAUUAAGUUCACUUUUUCCACAUUUAUCUCGCAGAAAACCAUGGACUUGCAAUACUGUCAACUAUUAGCUCACUUCUGAUGUAUCUUUAAAAUAGACAUUCGAAAGUAUUUGUAAACAAUGCCAAUCGUGGAAUCUUGUUGGUCGCCAUGCAUCUGGUCGAAUAAUAUCAAGACUGGUUGCAACGCCAUAGCGUUUUACACAGUGGCAAUUAGUAUAGUGCUAAUUACGCUAAUAUCCUAUCAACUAACUGGUGGCGAUUCCACGCAAAUAUAUAAUCCAUUGUUUGAAGCUGAUGUGAGAGGGUCUAUGCAAGUUGUCGGAGGCAUCCUCAUUACUUAUCUACUUCUGUUGAUAAUUUGCGCUUUCAUAAUGAUUUACGGUGUAAAAGAAGGUGUACGUGGGUGGUUAUUGCCAUGGCUUGUUGGAUGGUUCAUCGUUUGCCUAUUUCAAUUAAUCUUCGGAUUGUGGCUCUUAGGCGGUUAUUAUAUUUAUUUGGACUCUGUAUUCGCGACAUUAUGUAAUUGGCUUUGGAUGUCUUACAACAUAUACUGUUGGAUAGUUGUUUUAUCAAUGUACAGAAUACUUGCAAAACUGCAGUCUCCAAACAUAGAACUUUUAUGGCCUUAAAGAGAAGCCUUAAAGAAAAGCACAAUGUACGGAAGCAAUACGUAUACAUCUAUUGUCACCAAAGUACAUUAGAGGGAGAGAAUCUCUAUUUCCAUUUACUCAUAAAACUCUAAGUAAGAAUGCAUAAAUCAUUUAAGGGUAACACAUAAUUCUCCAGUCCUUUUAUUAUAUAAAAUCGAAAAGUUUCAACGGAUGUCUAAGAAGACAAAAUUUGUUUCUUAUAUGGAUGGAAUUCAUAUAUCGUUUGCGUAUUUUCGGAAUUCGUAAUCGUCCUUAAAGAUUUUUAUGAUGUGUGUAUUUUUACGAUAUAUAUUUAAUUAUAUUUAUUUUUAAGAAAGACUUGUAAAGUUUAAAAAAAAGAGAUUUUAGAUUGCAUCAAACAAAAUCUAAUUUUAUAUUUCUUACGUUUAUAUGAAAUUGAUUAUCUUAUAUGUGUAGCGCCUUUCUUAGAGCAUUUUAAUAAUGUACAAAAUAAUUGAUGACAAAGUUAGACUUUUAUAAUGGGAAAGACUGAGAGAGGCCUUUUAAAAUAUCCGUCCAGAUCGCCAUAAUAAACUUAGAAUCUCGUUGAACAAUGAAAUCAAAAUAAUAAUAGUAAUAUAUAUCAUGUUAGUUGAGAAUUCGCAUUAGGUCCCUUUAUAUGGCUCCAUCGUUAUUCUCACCAUUUUAUAGAGAUUUUACAAUUUUUCUACAAACUAUUUUUUCUACAGCAUUAGUCUAUAUAUGUAUAAAUCAUUAU